GGGUGUCAGCCUGGAUUGUGUUCAUUGAGAGAAACCUUAUUUUUUAACUGUGCUAUGGAAUAGAAGCAGGAGGGUUUUUCCACCAAGUGACAGUCACUGAGCUGAACUUACCCCCUCCUCCUUUCCACACCUGCAAAGCCUUUUGCCUGGGUUGAAUAUUUAGUUUAAUUGCAUCUCAGCUUUGAGAGCUCCUGUUGCAAAUCCCUGGAUUAAAAGGUUCUGCCCGGAGUUGAUGAACUAAGCCAUGAAGCUGGCUCUUCUCUUCAUCCUACUGCUGCCAAUAUGUUUGGCCAAGCCAUUCCACCAGCAGGGCCUCUUUGACUUUAUGCUGGAAGAUGAAGGAUCUGCUGAUAUGCCUCCGACAGACGAUCCCGUCAUAUCUGGAUUUGGACCAGUGUGCCCCUUCCGCUGCCAGUGCCAUCUUCGCGUGGUGCAGUGCUCUGACCUAGGUCUGGAAAGAGUGCCAAAAGACCUUCCUUCUGACACAACACUGCUGGAUUUACAGAACAACAAAAUCACUGAAAUUAAAGAAGGAGAUUUCAAGAACUUGAGGAAUCUUCAUGCAUUGAUCCUUGUUAACAACAAAAUCAACAAAAUAAGCCCACAAGCUUUUGCUCCUCUGAAGAAACUGGAGAGACUUUACCUGUCCAAGAACAACCUGAAGGAACUCCCAGAAAACAUGCCGAAGUCUCUUCAGGAGAUACGGGCUCAUGAGAAUGAGAUCUCCAAGUUGAGGAAAGCUGUCUUUAAUGGACUGAAUCAAGUGAUUGUCUUAGAACUAGGCACCAAUCCAAUCAAGAGUUCAGGCAUUGAAAAUGGAGCUUUUCAGGGGAUGAAGAGGCUCUCCUACGUCCGUAUUGCGGACACCAACAUUACUAGCAUUCCAAAAGGCCUCCCCCCAUCCCUUACUGAACUUCACCUUGAUGGCAACAAAAUCACCAAAAUUGAUGCUGAAAGUCUGUCUGGACUCACCAACUUGGCAAAAUUGGGUCUCAGUUUCAACAGCAUUUCUUCAGUUGAAAAUGGCUCUCUUAACAAUGUACCUCACCUAAGAGAGCUCCAUUUGAACAACAAUGAACUUGUCAGAGUACCUGGUGGGCUGGGUGAACACAAAUAUAUCCAGGUGGUCUAUCUUCAUAACAACAAAAUUGCUUCAGUUGGAAUCAACGACUUUUGCCCUCUUGGCUACAACACCAAAAAGGCUAGCUAUUCUGGUGUGAGUCUCUUCAGCAACCCCGUGCAGUACUGGGAAAUCCAGCCCUCUGCUUUCCGAUGUAUCCAUGAACGCUCUGCUGUACAGAUUGGAAAUUACAAAUAGAUUAUCUAAAGAUGGGGUUCGGUUGUGUUUCAGCUAAAGUACCUGUUGUUAUAGGCCUGUUCAAAAAAAUUGUUGCUAACUAUUAAUGCCAAAUACCAGAAAGUUCACUUUAAAGUGGAGAUGAUCCACUGAUGUAGAAUAAAAAAAUCAUUACAGAUGUACAAGAUCAAGCAUACCAUCAAAAGGAAUUGCCGACUGUGCUUUAAACUGAUUUAUUUCAGCCUUCUUUUACAGCAUGCUUUCUGUGGUAUUUUUCAGUUUGCUGAAUGCUACAGGUUUUCAGAUUCCACUGUAUAUGAGAUUCGGAGUAAAUAUUUGUCAAGCUAUGAUAUUAAAAAAAAAAAGAAAAGAUAGUAAUUAAGGUUAUUUUUAUAGCCACACACGCAAAAAUAGUAGAGGAAAUAAGGACUCUCAAGUCAUCUUGAGACCUGAGAAGGCGAGAGUUACCUCCUUUAAAUUUAUUUCAAACCCUGGAGGUUUAAAAAUAUCCACUAGAACACUAAGCCAAUUCUGAAUGUAUCUGUUUAGCAGAGCAAAUAAAGUUGUUGCUAAUGUUAUUAUUUUGGAAAAAAAUACAAUAAAUUCAUAUUGUACACAUAA